AUGCCCAAACGGAGAAGAGAUGAUGCAGGUGAAAUCCGGCCUCCGGUCAAAAGAUCUCGUACCGGAUCCCGGCGUAAUUUAUUGGAUAUCAGUGACGAGAUCCUUCUCCGGGUGCUGUUCUUCCUGCCCAUCAGGGAUUUGUUGAAAGUCGAAUGUGUCUCACACCGAUUCCGCUCACUUGCCACCGACGGUGAACUGUGGAAAGCGAAAUACUACGACACUUGGGUCAGGUCUCGAGCCCGUCGCGCCCCUCCAAGUCAAGGUCGAGAGGCAUCCCAACAACGGCUGAAGGCGGCAAAGUGGCUCCAGCAUGGGUACAAACUACGGAACAAUCCAGCCAUCGACUGGAAGCGUCAAUUCAAGAUUCGCACAAACUGGGCAUCGGGGACGGCGAGACUCUGCGAGGUCGAGGUCGCGCAGCCUCCAUCACCGCCAGUCAUAGCCAAGGUCUGUCAGGGCAUUAUAUUCACGGUUGACGGGCGGGCUGGACUACGUGCAUGGUCAGGGGAGAGGACGUUGAAGGCACAGUUUCGGCUUGAGCCUUCGGCUGAGGCGACAUGCAUGGCUGUUGAGACCAUCGAGGGCGGACCGCAUCUCGUCCUAGGCUUCGCGGAUGGAUCCUUUUCGACGUAUCUAUACCAAACCGAUGGACGUUUCGAGCAUCUCUUGACCCAACAUUCAGCCGAUGGGCCGCUCAUGGCCGUGGCGCUGGCCAUGCCAUAUAUCAUGACUGUCUCCAAAACCAAAUUCCUGGCGCUGUAUGACAUGACCACACCAAACGUGGCGAGAGAUAGCCGUCCUACUGCUUCACCUAUUGCUCGACUUCAGUCCGAUGCGUCCUUCUCGCCAGUUUCGCUUUCUCUUCGGAGAACACCCGGCAACGUGACGGCAACAAUUGCCUAUGCAUUCAACAGACUCCGGUCUGGAUGGUGUCUGGGCCUUCAGGAGAUCAGACUUACGCCGGCCGGGGCCUUGAUAGACAGCAGGUUGACUUCUUCUCUCGACACUCCUCUGGACGGGAGAUACGAGGGUAGGGACAGGUGGGGGCUGUCAACGCGUUCCGCCAGCUCACUGCCCGUCCCUCUUCACCCCCAACUGAUGAGCGCGCCAACUUCACUUUCCUACGAGCAUCCAUUUCUGGUUGGCACACUUGCCGACAACACCAUCAUGUCAUUUCUAGUAACCUCCAACGAGGAGAAACUGGAGAUCAGUGCGGGCAGACGUCUUUGGGGCCACACGUCUGCUGUGUCGGGAGCUGAAGUCAACAAUCGAGGGAAAGCGGUAUCCAUCAGCUGCCGAGGGGACGAGAUCCGAGUCUGGGAGCUGGAGGCGGUCAUGACCAACAACAGUCAGCCCAAGACUAGUACCAAAAUCAAAGCAGUUCACUCCCUCUCCGACGUCGCUGCUGCUUUGGCCAGGCGAGGUACUGGGUUGGGACUUGCCGUCCAGGAUUUGAAACGAGAAUUGAGCCUGACCCGGCGAUGGGUUGGCUUUGACGAGGAACACGUGGUGGUACUGGGCGACAGAGAUCAGAAGCAGGUCAUGGCACUCUAUGAUUUUACGUAG